GGUUGAAUUGGUGGUACUCUGUUUAACGGGGACCGCCCCGAAACACUUCUUAGCAAAGCGGGGUGAUCGCGGAGCAACGCAACCGAUUAGCAGCCAAUGAGACAUAUCUAAUCACAGCUUUUACGUAGUUCAGUGUAUGUUCAUCUCGUCUGCUGGUAACACGCCGGAUUUUUUUCUGCGCGAUCCCAACUCCCGACAGAACAACGCCACUCGAUUCGUGGAUGACGAGCCAGUAUUGCGGUGGACCUUAAUACCAACAGGAAGUUGUAGGCGAUCGUGUUCACUUGCGUGUAGAGGUUACACAGCUCACCCGUGGUGGCCCCGGAUCGCUGGAUUUGAAUGGGGCGGCCAGGGAUGGAUUUGUUGGAGUUGAGAGCAAGACAAAUAUUAGCGUGAAAAGAGGAGGCGCAGGCAACAUCUCGACGUGCCCUCAUUCUGCCCUGUUUGACGGUGCGUGAAAGGGUUGGUCGACUCCACUCGAGAGCCUGCAGUGUUCGGUAUACACACGUGUAGUUUACACAGAGCACCGCUGCCGUUGUCAAGUAGGAGAGCCGGAUUCACACCUCUUGAUCGGGUCUCGAUGCCGGCGUUCUUUGUGAUCAACACACUCUGAGGGAGCCGCAUUCUCCAGAGUUUCCACUGUCGAUAAACAGAUUAACUACGGCUACUAAAGGUUAAAUUUUCCUCGGAUUUUCUGUGCCCUUAUAUUAUACAUUAUACCCAGGAAUAUUUUAGGAAGAUGUAUUUUGCUGUGAGAUUUCGGUAUCUGCUGGCAGUGUUGUUGUUGAAUGGGAUAUGGUGCGCCAGAUCGGCCGGACAGAAUUUGAACAUGUUCGCAGCGCAACAGAACCAGCCGGAUCCCUGCUAUAGCGAGCCGGGCGGCCAGCCACGGCGCUGCGUCCCCGACUUUGUCAACGCUGCGUUCGGCGUUCCCGUGGAGGCGUCCAGCACGUGCGGAACGCCGCCGAGUCGCUUCUGCGCCCUGUCCAGCGGCGACGAGGGGGAACGGCAGCGGAACUGCUUCGUGUGCGACGCCAACCAGCCCAAGAGGAGGCAUCCACCCGAGUAUCUGACCGACUUGCACAACCCUAACAACCUGACGUGUUGGCAGUCGGAGCCCUUCACCGCCAAUCCUCACAACGUCAGCCUGCAUCUUGCGCUGGGGAAGAUGUACGAACUCACCUACAUCUCCUUGGAGUUUUGCUCCCUGCGUCCAGACUCCAUGUCCAUCCUGAAAUCGCAGGACUACGGCAAGACGUGGCAGCCGUACCAUUACUACUCCAGCCAGUGCCGGAAGGUGUACGGGCAGACCAAGAACGCCCCGAUCACCAAGCAGAACGAGCAGGAAGCGAUCUGCACCGACAUCCUGAGCACAGAGCUUGCGCCGGUGGCGGGUGCCGGCUCGCGCGUCGCGUUCAGCUCGCUUGAGGGACGCCCGUCUGCCUUUGAUUUCGACAACAGCCCCGUGCUCCAGGACUGGGUCACGGCCACGGACGUCAAGGUGAUCUUCAACCGCUUACCAUCGCUGGGCGACGAGGAACUCGACGACUCCAUCCGCGAGAGCUUCUACUACGCCGUGUCCGACUUCUCCGUGGGCGGGCGCUGCAAGUGCAACGGGCACGCGUCCCGCUGCAUCAAAGACCGGGAUGGCAAUCCCGUCUGUGACUGUAAGCACAACACGGCGGGAGCGGAGUGCGAGAUGUGCAAGCCGUUCCACUACGACAGACCCUGGGCGCGAGCAACCACCAAGGAAGCCAACGAGUGUGUCCCCUGCAACUGCAACCUCCACGCUCGGAAGUGUCGCUUCAACAUGGAGCUGUACAAGCUGUCCGGGCGCAAGAGCGGCGGGGUGUGCCUGAACUGCCGACACAACACGGCGGGCCGCUACUGCCACUACUGCAAGGAAGGUUUCUACCGGGACGAAGCCAAGCCCAUCACGCAUCGCAAGGCCUGCAAAGCUUGUAACUGCCAUCCCGUCGGCUCAUCUGGCACGGUCUGCAACCAGACCACUGGCCAAUGCCCCUGCAAGGACGGCGUGACCGGAAUGACUUGUAACCGGUGUGCCAAGGGCUACCAGCAGAGCCGCUCCACCAUUGCACCCUGCAUAACUACUGUUGUGCCCAACUUAGAUGGACAGGACCUUGAAUGGGGUGAUUCUGAGAUCACAGGAAUUCCUCCUCCGGAGCACUCAAUCACUAACAGCCCACCUCCUGAAGAGCCUCCUCCAGGUGAGUGUCCAGAUUGCACGAAGAGCACCAAAAUCAGCCACAAGCGCUACUGCAAGACAGACUAUGUCAUCCAGGCCCACGUUCUGUCCAGGGAGAUGGGGGAGGAAUUUGUCAAGUUCACCAUCAACGUGAUGUCGGUCUUCAAGAGGGGCAGCCAGCGCAUCCGGCGGGGUGACCAGUUCCUCUUUGUCCCCCGGCAGGACUUGACCUGCAAGUGUCCCAAGCUGCGACUGGGGAAGAAGUACCUGAUCCUGGGGGCCAACAACGAGAACCCUGACCAGGACGGGCUGUACGCCGACAGCAAGAGCAUCGUGCUGCAGUGGCGGGACGACUGGAACCGGCGCAUGCGCAAGAUCCGACGGAAGGCACGUGACUGCUAGCUUUGGCAACGAGGUCAAGCGUUUGCGGUCCAUCGAGGCGGUUCUUAGCUUUGGCACACCUUGUCCCGCCAUUCAAGGCAGAAUUUUGGGGGAGGCUGAUUUCCAAAUCUUGACAGUGACUUUGAUGCCCUGGUUUUUUGUGGAUUGGUUUCAGGAGGCAAUUGUCUUUUUUUUCUGUAAAUCUUUUUUUUUAAACAUUGGUGUCGACGGACCCAAAUUUGAUGAGGCUUGUGUUUUGACAAGUAGGCUGGUACCUCUCACAGUAUCUGUUUUUCUUCAACGUAUCCUCCGGAAACAACUGAACAUAAAAAUGUUUAUCAUUUGUUUGUAACCUGUAGUAAGACGGUAAAAUAAAAGUACAUGCAUAAUAAUAUCUUGGCAGAUAUUGAUCAGCUGGAGUCACAUCACCAACGCUGACUGGUAUUGAAGAAAAUGCAGUAUGUUUCAGAUUUCCAGAGGCAGGAACCCCUUGUAUAUUUUAUCAGAUGUCGAUGUAAUAGACCUUUUACUUGCACUUAGCCGUCAGGAAUGUUUCUGCUUAUGUCUUGCAGUCAUUUCAACACCAUUUUUAUGAACAUCGGACCUACCGUUAUUCCAUGUUUCAGAGCCUUCAAAUUUUGACUCUUUCCUUGAUGACCUGUGCUCAGUGUAUCGACCAAUACACGCGAGAGCAAGAACUUUAAAUGGCCACACUUACAAAACCCUUUGUCAGAUGAAUUUGAAGCUUUCAAGAUAUGCUGACAAUGAGUGUAUCUUUAAGUUUAAGAAAGAUUGGUCAUUAGACAGCUGAACUCCUGCAGGAGUUGGUGCUGUUGGAAUAUACCUCAAACCAAAAACUACUCCCCCCAAAAUUGGCUCGUUUAAGGUUAAACCUUUGCUAUAUCUCAAGUUUAACACAUAAUUUUUCUUUGCUGUAAUCUUGAUAAAAAUGCAGUCAAAUCUGAAAAAUCUGUGUUAUAUCUUCAUAUAAUAUUUUACUCCCUUCUUUUUCCUAGAAUACCUUAAGGAGAUAUUACAUAUUCUGGUCAUAUUACUGAAACAUAAAGUUUCUCCAAAUUGUUUAAAUUGAACCAUUGGAGACAUCUCUGUUAUUUCGUUUCAAAUCUUUCGGCUGGGGUUAAACAUGUUUCAAAAACUUGUGUCCUACUAAUUUUGUUAUGUUUCAAAGCAGUACAGAAUAUUGUGUGAACCCGGACAAGGCUGAUUUUACGAUAUGUGAAUAGUAUUUGAAUGAGAAAUUGUUUAAAAGAGAUAUUUUAGAGAAUAACAGUUUGAAGGGCAAUGUAUAAAGGCAGCACAAUUGUAUCAUAUAAAAUGCAUAGCUGUAUACUAUUUUGUGCGUUGUUUAAUAUUACUGUUGUAGAAACUGACACAGGUGGUUUUAUUCCUUUUUCUUUUCAGCAUUAUGCCUCUAAGAUACAUGCUUCCAGACUUGUGUUUUCACUUGAAAACAACAGGCGUGUAGUCUGGUGCACUGCUUUCGAGUUUCUGCGCCUUAAUCACAGACAUUUAAUUGAUUUGUUUUUUUUAUGAACGAAAAAGUUUCAUUUAUCAUAUCCAGUAUCUAUUUAAAAACUCUACUUUUCAGUUUGUACAUAGAUUUUUCUGUUUAUUUAAUCUUACAUAUCUUACGUUUAAAUUUUGUUGGGGUCUUUUCUAUGUUGCUAAUUGGAUAAGUGUUACAGGAAAGCUGUGUACAUGUCGUAUUGACGUUUCAAUAGCAGAAAUUUACCUCCAUUUUUUCUUCAUUUUUUAAAAGAGAAUUUAAGACAGAGCUACUCUGCACAUUUCUAGUCGACUUUUGAUAAAAUGUAAUUUGAGCUUCAAGCAAACUGGGCUGCAAUGACGGCUUGCUUGCAUCACAGUGACCAAAAUUUGUGUGCGUAAUCUGUGCACGCUUCCAGCUGAACUCAGUUCACAGCGUUCAAUUAUCAGUCCCAAAUAUGAGUUUCAUAAGAAUCUAAUCUUUCUAAGUGGAUAGCGUAUUUAUCAAAGAUAGCUUUUGCACAGUUUCCAUAAGUUGGAGGUAAAUUGUUCACUCGUUUAGACAUUUUUUAGAAUGCCUGCUCAUCCUACUUGAUGUACGGACAGGUGCAGACAUCCAUGAACUUUAUAAUCAUCUGGUGGUGUUAUCUAAGAAUUGGUGACUUUUCGGUUUAAAUCACUGACAAGUUACAAGUGAAUUUAAAACUUGACUUGGCCUUGAAUUAUUCAUCUACUGACGAGACCCCACCUUUACCUACAACUCAAACAGUCCAUAUUUUUGAUGGAUACUGGAACAUAUUUGAUUUUUUUGUAAUGAGUCACUUGUCAAAACCCUGAUAAGUUGAGAUGUACAUGCACAAAACUAUCCUUUUUAGUUUCUGUGGUAUAAACAGGAUAUCGUGUUUUACAGAAUCGAUAAAAUUAUAAAAACACAUCCACAUGUUUCAUUCACACCGACAGUAAGAUUGUAAGAUGUGUCAUUUUGUAAAAAAAGCCUUCGAAAAGGCAGAACUUGUAAAAUUCAUAUUUGGGACAUUCACUGUAUUCACAACAUUUUCAGUUUUUGCCUUCAGUGUAACUGCUCAGUAUUAGCGCUUCAAUCAAAAAAAAAAAUGUAAAACUCCCACCAAUUGAACAUAUAUAUUAAUAAAACUGUACAUUAAAAUAACCAACUCC